GCCAGCUGGGGACAUCCCAGGUCCAGAGCCGCCCAUCAGGAACCUGAGGAUGGACACGGCCCGGAGCCGCCUCACCUGGGACCUGGGCGCACCUUCUUCCACUAUUGACUGCGUCACCGACUCCGGCCACAUCCAAGAGGCACAGGACGGCACCUACUGCAGGUACGAGACGCUGUCCUUGUGCACGGUCACCAACUACACGGUCACCGUGGACCAGCCGCCCUUCGCCACCUGGAUCCUCUUCCCGGAGCGAGACGAGAACCCCGGGACGGCCCCGGCGAACCUGGACUGCUGGGUUCACGACGUGGACUUCAUGAGCUGCCAGUGGGCAGUGGGCAGGGCGGCCCCCGGCGACGUCCAGUACCGCCUCUACUGGAAGGACGCCCGCGAGUACCGAGAGUGUGGGCACUACCAGACCGACAGCCGGGGCAGGCACGUGGGGUGUCGCUUCAGCGGCAUCUCCAAGUACCCCCGGAGCUUUGUGGUCAUGGUGAACGGGACCAGCGCGCUGUCCGCCAUCGCCUGCAGGGACAGCUUUGCAGAUUUAUAUGAAAUUGAAUUUGACAGAAAUAUAAGUUUUUCCCAUUUGCUUUCCUCCUGGACUUUCCCCUCCGUAGAGAGACUCAGUCCUCCCAACAUCACUGCCAAGUGCAACAAGACCUCCUCGCUCAUGGAGUGGAGGACGUUCAGCCACUUCAACAACAACUUCAUGUAUCAGCUCCAAGUAAACAAGAGCUCAGGAGGCAGCUCCCAGGAGACUGUGAGUGGACCCGGCCCCUCUUCCCCACGGAACUGGGCAGUUCUUAUCAUUACUGACCCGUGGCCCCCACUGGACGGGCUCCACGCGUGGGCACCACAGACCCCCGUCAAGGAGAAGCUUGCAAAGUUUGCUUUCGUCCCCAAUCAAGAGAGUGGGGAGGGGGGACACAACUCAGCCGUCCCGGGGCCCCUCUGCUCUCCCCAGGCCCUGGGAGUGGACGUGGGACUCUUUCCCCUCCCCCUCCCCUCCCGUCGCCCCAGAUUCCCGCGAACCGCUUCCUGCUGCCCAAUCCCGGCAACUACGAGGUGAGGAUCAGGGUCAGGGACAACAGGAAC